UGGGUGUCUUGUUUGUGUGUUGUGCAAAAGUUUUGUAGAAAAUAAUUAUUGUUAUACUCUUGUUAUUGGGAAAUUUGUUGAAGUAUUUUUAUACUUUGUAGGUGCAACAAUGGAACGCAGUUUUCACACUUGAGCUAUGAAUAUCCGAAACUUAAUUUUUUGACUGAUCAUCGAACCGUGUCUUCUAGCAUGUCGCGGCUUAGUUUAAUCCCAUUAGGUUUAUUAUUACUUUGUUCACGUGGAGAAGCAUCAGACGAAGCUAACGUGGAGAAGAACGUAGUCGUAGACUGCAACACAUUACGUUUAGGUCAAUACAUUUGCCCGGAUCCUAAUUACAAUCCUAUUGACCCUGAUACUCAACAAUACCGUGGAUGUACUAAGGGAAAAGAAGUCCCAUCGGAAGGAGAAGCUAAAGUGAUUUGUCUUGCCGCAGAGGGAAUUACUUGUAACGAGACUAACAACUCUACAUUUACAAAAACAUUGCCAUGUAAAUGGACAAAUGGAUACUCACUGGAGAUAUCUCUACUUCUGUCAGUGUUUUUAGGCAUGUUUGGUCUAGACAGAUUUUAUUUGGGAUAUCCAGGGAUUGGAUUAGCAAAAUUAUGUACUCUUGGUUUUAUGUUCCUAGGACAAUUAUUAGAUAUAAUAUUGAUAGCUGCACAGGUGGUUGGUCCUGCAGAUGGUUCAGCAUAUGUCAUACCAUAUUACGGAGCUGGUGUCACUGUAGUUCGGAGUGACAAUGAGACCUACCUCCUUCCUCAGGCAGAUUGGCACAAUAUCACCUGACAGUGGGGAACUAUUUCCUUCUUUGAAGUUGAUGAGGACUACGAAUGGACAUAAAAGUUGUUUCGUGUUUAGUCUGUGAAGAUAGAAUAAAAAAUCCUGAAAGGUUAUAGAUAUAGUCUGUCAAGAAAGUCAUGACAGACGGGAAAUUUU